GGGAGAGAGAGAGAGAGAGAGAGAGAGCGGGGUAUAAACCUUAAACCCUAAAAAAUCCUACUGCCCAACUCCCUGUAAUGGCUUCUCACUUCUUCUCCAGAGUCCGUUACCUCCAUUCCCUUCGAAGCGCUCUCUCACACUCACACCCAAACCCCUUCAGGACCCCUCUGAUUCACUCCCCUUUACCUGCCCGGGAAACCUCCUCCUUCUCCCGCCUCCGCCGCCACGCACCCGCGUUCUCAUAUCCGCGUCUUUUGUCCCAUUCGUCAUCCGCGAGCAUCGCCAAUGAAGAUGUAGUUCAUUUGGAAGCGGAAGAUGGGAAGACCGAGAGCAGCGAGGCCACGCCAGAGGGAGGCAAGACAGGCUUGGUUGAGUUGUUCAAAAGGCGCUCGACGGCGGGUUCAGUUCCGGAGAACGGGAAGCUUAGAUGGAGCGUUUCCGAACCGGGGGAACAAAAGAAGUCGACGGAUGAGUUGCGAAGUAAUGUAAUGGGGUUGAGUCGUACAUCUGGGGAAAGCAAGGAAUCGGAAAUGGAGGGGGAGGAGGGAUUGAGGGAAGUAAUCGAUGAGAUGAAGAAGAAUCUUCGCGCACUGGAGCAGACUCUGAAGAAAUCGAAGAACAAGCCUGUUGAUAACCCCAGCAGCUUGACUUCUUUAUUUGUAGUGUCAGGCAGGAAAUCAAGGAGAAGGAGGAGGAGCUCCUCUAGGGUAACGAAUGGUGCGAAGUCAAAAGCCAAGUCGGUGGGGAGCUCGAACCCGGUGGCAAAUGAUCUGUUAUCUUCUGAGGAUGUUAGCGCGAAUGACUUCUCGCCCGAACUGGUUUCCUUCGUUGAGCGCCUGAUCGAGGAAGGGAACUUGCAGAAAGCGAAUUUCUUGAAAGAUGGUAAGCUGGAAGUCAACUCCUUGUGCUCAUCCUACGCCCGGAAUUUCGUUAGGUCGGCUGCGGAACAAUUUGCGCGUGACCACCAGGAGGUUGCAAAGUGGUUGUCAGGAAGCGAGCUGAAAAAGGUUGCCUCUGUUGGCUGCCCCCAGAUUGACAGGAAAACUGCAUUUUCUGCUAAAAGGCUUCGUUCAUUCUUUGAAAUUCAAGAGAACAAUGUUUGUGAAGCCUGCCGGUUGAAAGAAUUGUGCAGUUUCAAGAAUAUGGGAGUGCAAACGGAGGAAAACUUGAAUUUAGUGAAUGUGCUUAGAGUAUUGACCAUCUAUGCGUUGAACUCAGCACAUCCAGAGCUGGUCGUAUCACAAGAGACAAAGGAAUCGGUCUCCAAACUCGUGAAGGAGGUUGUCGACCUCAGCAAAUAGAACUCUCAAGGCAUAAGAAAUACUCGUUCGUCUAUGAGGAUAGCAGUGUCUACGAUGACUGCUGCAACAUUUUGCUUGUCCACGGAGAGAGAGAGAGAGAGAGAGAGAGAGAGAAAGAGGUCUUACUUGGAGGAAGGUUCUUCUAUUUAUAAGGGGAAAGUGCCACCUACUGAAGGCGGAGUUUACCAUCUUAGAUUGGUUAUCUGGAGAAUGAAUGUCCAAGCUUGAUCGUUCUGUCAAUCACUGAUGGAGUUUUCCUUUAUUUACGAGCAAUGGCAGCAUGUGGCUGAGAUCAUAACUGAAGAUCCCGUCAGAGAUGUGUUUUAACUGUGGUUAUAAUGUUUAUACACGUUCAGUUUACCUCUUCAAAUGUCCAAUCCACAAAUAUAAGACCGUCGACUGCUAAUCAAAUAGUUCGGUCGUAUUUGAUUACGUAGAUAGGUGCAGGUGGUAUCUAGCAGCUGCCAAGUCUGGCUUGUAGUGGGAAUUGGAAAUUAGGUGUUCAAAUUAAUUUUGUUAACCCUUUUUGAAUUCCAACUUUUAAAUGAAACGUACUUUAGUCA